GUUUUAGACUUCCAACAGACUUCGAACCUGAUGGCCGCUCAAGCUUCCUAUUCGUCUAGCAAGACGGCGAAUAUCCCGCUCUGAACUCCACUAUGAUACUUGAUGCUGCUGGAUGAUCUUUGUAUUGCUACCUGUUUCUGUUUGGGUUCUAUUGUCAGAGAAAGGUAGCGCAACAUCUGGGGGAAGGUCACUUCUAUUAUUUAUCUACCUUCCGCUCGCUGUUUACUCACAUUCCUUCUGGCUCAUUUGUAUAAAGGAUCUCUUUGUCGCUGCUUCUUUGUUGAUAUACUUACCCAAGUCUCGUUCGACUACUUCAUCCCGCAGGUCGCCUUCCGGCACGAGGACAACGAAUUCAUACGCCAGUUCUAUUUCAGCCUCAAGCUGAACUUCUUCCUCUGCAGCUUGACGCUCUGCAGCCGAGUUUAUCUUGAUUCUCGGGGCAUUACUAGUCUCUUCGGCAGUGCUGAGAAAAAACCCGCGAAUUGUUCGUACGCGUAAUCUCCCGGCAUUGCAUCUCCAAAUCCUACUGAUACUUAUAUAAACUUUCGGGGGUAUUACAGCCGGCUAAAAGGACAUGCUGCGCAUCACCUACUAAUAAUCUUGGUGGUUAUUGUCGGAUAAAAGCAACCUAUCUGGACAGUUAGUUACGCUGGGCCAGUCGAUACUGGGGUCUCGACAUGAGUUAGUGUCUGAAGACCCGGCAGCUUCCUCCA